GAGGAGGGAUUGGUGGAGGACUAGAGGGUCACAAGAAUCUUAGCCGAGCCUCAGGUGGCAGUCGUGUUGCAGACGUUGCGAGAGGUGGACGUGUUCCGCUAUCCCUCCUCCCACCUCGCCGUCCACCCUCCAGUGUUUGUGAUCCAUGUUGUGAAGAACUCAACUUAAAGUGAAGCAGAAGUGCAAUACUGGCUGUACACAAACAUUGGGGACACCAAGACAGCCCUAUCGUGUGAACUAAGUCUCCGGUAGUUGAAACACGCCGCAAGUAACAGAACCGCUGAUAAGAUAACCGCGAUAAAGACUCGGCGAAAGCGAAGAACCAGCUGUGAUAUCCGAGAAAGAGAUCACCCCUGCAGCCUUUUCUUAGUUACAAAGGCUGGUGGAUGGGCACAGCAGAAUGAUGAAGAACUCGGCGCUAUUAAGAUGGAGCAACAACAACAAAAACAACAAGAACAACAACAAUACCAAAAAUGCAAACAAGAAUUGGCUACACCCCCCAGAGGCUCUGCAGAAGGGCCACAUUGGUUACUUGGUGAAGUUCCUGGGCAGCACAGAGGUCAACCAACCCAAAGGCAUUGAGGUGGUGAAGGAGGGGAUCAGGAAGCUCAAGUUUAACCAGCAGCUGAAGAAGGCUGAGGGAAGCAAGACGCCCAAGGUGGAGUUGACAGUGUCUAUCGAUGGAGUCGCCAUACACGAACCCAAGACAAAGCGCAACCUUCACCAGUAUCCUCUGCACAGAAUUAGCUACUGUGCUGAUGAUAAGGCAGAGAAACGUUUCUUUAGCUUCAUUGCCAAGGAGGCCGACUCUGAUAAACACACAUGCUUCGUCUUCGUCAGCGAUAAACUGGCUGAGGAGAUCACCCUAACCAUUGGCCAGGCCUUUGAUUUGGCUUACCGGCGCUUCGUUGAGACAUCUGGCAAGGAGGUGGAGAUGCGGCGACAGCUCCUCAUCUUGCAGAAGCGAGUGCAAGGCCUGGAGGACGAGAACCAGACCCUCAAGACCCGCAUCACCCAGCUGGCCUCCCUCAAGAACAGGCCAGAUGUGGAGGAUUACAUGAGAGAAAAUAAUAUCUCUGACCUUUUGACGUUGAAUGGUGAGAGCAGCACUGACCCAGAGCCAUCAUCGGACUCCCCUGCUUCAUCCACCUCCCUCAACCCUCCGCCCAUCCCGCCACGCAACACUGCAAAGGGAGAAUCCAACCUCAUUGAUAUCCUGCCAAGCUCAAGUCCUGUCAUCUCAAACGGAAUUGACAAUGACGAUGAUGACUUCAACCCCCGAGCAGAGGAGCCGUCACCGCCCACCACCAACGGCCUCAAUGGCUCCACCACCACCGCGGAGAGUGACGAGGAUGACUUUGACCCUCGAGCUGAAGAGAAGAAACCUCCUACAUUCACUGUGGGUCCGGCACCGGAGAUCAAUGGGUUCAGUUCCCCACCUCCUCUUGUCCCUCCUCCACGGCCGGCACGACCCCAUGAGCAGCAGAAUGGUCUGGCGGAUGACAUUUUUGACACCAACAAUGAUCCUUUUGAUUCAGUAGCAUUCUCCUCUCAAGGCUCCAACAAUGAUGCCUUGGCACAGUUUAUUGAGAUGAAGGCUGGGUUCAGUCGAGGUCUGUCCUUCGGCACUGCUGAUGAAGACUUCACCCUGGAGAGUCUGGACCCACUCAAGAACUAAUGCUCACACCAACCCUUGGAAAUUGUUUGUUGUGUAGUUUUCAUAUAAAUUUUGUGAUGUGGAGAACAAUUUUGUUUUUAAACUGAGUUUUAUGUAUGAGGAUCUGACGUUGCAUACCUAGAAAGUCCAAUGAGAUAAUUGUUUUAAUACGUAUUCAAUAUCUGGUAUUUAGAUGUGCCUUGUCAACUGCUGUCAAGGCCUUACAGUUUUACUGGGGAAAAUAUGAUGAACUCUACUUAUCCUAGAAUUACAUGGGAAUAUUGUGGCCUGAUACACACAACCAGGAACUGUUUGAUGCACAUGUACACAUCAGGCAGUGUACAUCAGGCAUAAGUGUUUUCAUGUCAUGAAAAGCAGACCAGAAACAUUCCACAAAUAUUUAUGCAAAACAUAUAUAUUCCAUACAUACAUUUCAUAUGUAUUUUACAGCACUCCUGACUUUAUUAUAAAUAAGGCAAACACAUCAUUCACAUGCAUUGCAAAAUUUACCUGUAGUACAUCAUAUUGAUAAUGAUGUAUGUACUCUAAUGUUUGCAACUAUGGUGAAGUGAAUGGAAUCUGAACCUUUAUCCCCUCAAUAUAUUCAUCAGUAGCAUUGGGAUUUUUCUGCUCAAUGAUAUUGCCACAAUGCUGUCAUGCUGCACUUAAGAGGUUUCUCUCCCUUGACACUGCUACUCAAAUCCUGUAUCAUCCAUUUCAAGAUGCACAAAGAUUAGCUUGCUGAAAAGAAAAAAAAAGUCUGUCGCUUAUUACAUUAUGGUUUGAGUGUGCACCUUUAUGAAGGAUGCCUCACAUGUAGUCACUAAGAUAGAAUUGAUAGCAGGCAACUCACUUCCAAAGCCAAAUGGCAGAAAGCGCCUUACGUAACAUGAGGUUUGCUUGUAGCUUAGAUGAAAGCUCGCAGCACUUUUUGUAGAUCUUCAGGGAGGAGUAGUGAUGAAAUAUUGUAUGUACAUUCCCUUAGUUAUUAAGGAAGUCAAGCUUGGUGAAUGUGGCAGUGAGACAGCUUCUGGCUAAACCCAUAACUCAUGCAUCUCAUCUUCAGUCACUGCACCCAUUGCUUCCUGUGAGCAUUCUGCAUGGUGGCACUGCAAGCAGACAUCAUCCAUUACAUUCUCCACUUCUGUGUCUUCGUUCAUUCUGUUGUGGCAGAGACUGAAUGCCAUUUUUAAUUGUUAUUGCUUUUUUAUGUUGCUUUGAAUACUUUCAUUGGUAUUUUAUGCUAAUUUCUAUAAAGUUGUGAAUGUUUUAUAUAAAGCAAAUCGGAAAUAUAUUUAUCUUUCAUCCAUAAGAUUAUGGACCUAAUAUUUGAUUCAUAUAUGCAUACAUACACAUUGGUUGUAAAUGUAUUUUGACUAUACUUGUGCAUUUUAUGUUAAAAUAACUGUAGCAUUCAUGAACAAUUGCUAUCAUUAUUUUGCCUGAAGGAUAUAAAAACCCAGACAUUUGUCAGUUAUGAGCAAGAUGAUGUGACACAGUGCAGAUUAUUUGUAGAAACAUCCAUACCAGUAAUAACCAUUACCAGGAGCACCAGGUUGUUUGAUUUAUGAUGUGUUGUCUCUAGAAAACAUAAUUUUUGUAGAGACAGCUUAUCAUGAAUUUGAUACACUAAUGUGAUAAAAUAAUUUACACAUGCUGUAUUUAUUUUGCUUUACAUGUCCUUCUUGUGUCUUGUUUCCUUACACUGAAUGUAUUGUGUUCUCAUCUUGGGUCUGUAAGCACUUCUGUGGCCAAACUUGUGAGUGACACAAGGCAACAUUCCUCAGAGUACACAGAACAGAAUAGGGCGAGAAUGAUAUUGGAAAAUUAUAUGCAAUUUUGAUUUCUUGUUGACAAAAUGUACACUUUUUUGUAUUCCUUUUUAAUUUCAUAAAGCUAAAACCUAUAUAGAGUAAAUUAAAGUGGAUAGCAUCUAACUCUUCAUUUGAUUUCUUGAAAUUAGAUGAUUAUAUUUUUUUGCCCAUUAGCUGAAAGUAUGAAAUAUUAUAAGUAGAAUUUAAUUAAGGGCUACAUUGAUUCCUCAGCCUUGAAUUGCCAUUGCUUGCCUUAAUUCCUAAAGUUAUUGGCUUCCAUAGUGCUUCCAUUUAGCUCUGUGCUAUUACAUCAAUCAUGGCCUGAAAAAUUAUGAAUAAGUGUCAUCAGCUUUCAAGAAUGAAGAUAUCUUGAUAUUUACACCCUGCACCUCUGCUGUUUGCUGUUUUAGUCACUUUGACAUUGUGAUCAUAUUUACUUUGUUGCUGAAAAUGUGACGAUAUUUAAAACCACAUUACUGUAUUUAUGAUAGUCUUGUUUAGUUGUAUACUUUUAUGGUUGAGAGGGUGCAAGAGGUGAAGUGUGAAAGCAUCUGUGGGCUAGAUAGGGAGUGGCAGGGGGUCCUUCACAUUGUGCCAUCCCUUGAUUAUUCCAGAUGAAAGAAGGCUGUACAGUAAGAGGAGUAGCCAGUAGGUGAUUAGUUGUAGACAGAUAGAUUGGCUAAGAAUCCUGCUGAUGGGAAGUGUUUGAUUUACACUGAGUACACUGAUGUUUUUUUCCCUUGUGUGAAGAAAGUUGUGGUGUAAGAUAUUGUUUCUUAGCAGUUAUAGAAAAUUUAUUUUAAACCAACACUGGGUCUUUCUUGCUGUUUGAGUGUGGUUGCAUUUCUUGAAAACUAUCCCAGUAGAGUUGUUUAAUGUAGCAGACAUUUUUAAAACCAGUUUAUUUAAGCACCUUCACAUAAAAUGUAUUUAUUGAAUCCUAAUGUCUCAUAAAGUUUAUAUGAUAAUGUUUAUCAGUUUAAUAGUGAUAUCAGAGAAUAUAUUGAUCAAUUAGAUUAUUUAUGAGUAAUCAUCAAAACUGUAUUAUUAUUCUUUAUAUCUUAAGAUCAAAUCAUCCUCUUUAAGAUGUAAUAUAUGCAACUAGCUUUUUAAGUAAAUAUUAUUUGCUAUAUAUUGUAUAAAAAAAGAUGAUGCUUAUAGUAUUACUGUUGCUAUUGUUGGGCAUAUUAUUGCCUGUUUUAGUUGUGAUGAUCUGCUUAGCCCACGCUGCCUCUCCAGGGCUGCCACUUAUCACAUAUCAUGGAAACCUGGUGCUGUUCAUAGGCCUAUGCAUUUGUUUUUGUUGACUGACAUUCUGAUUAUUUGUCUUUUCUACAUUGACACUUCAUUACAUCAGUGAAAGGUCAGUGACCUGGCAGUCAUGUGUGAUUCACAUGUGUGUGUGUGUGUGUGUG